AUGCAAUCACCCAACGAUAGAAAUAACCCUCGGACACCGACUGGUGGUUACAAUUUUAAUCUAUCGCCUGAUGGAAGCUCACAUAAACAACUCAAGGCAACAUUUAUUACUCCCAUCUAUUUGCGCGAUUUCUGGGAUCAAUUACGCCAAAAUUGUGUUAAGCUAGAAAAUGUGGUUAUUGAUCGCUUGAAAUGCUUCGCUACGGUCAAAGUGAAAAAUCUUGCUUAUGAAAAAGUAGUUUUGAUUCGGUAUACAUUGAACGAUUGGCGUACCUAUCAAGAUUUACCUGCUUAUCACUUAAAGGAUUCAAAUCGGGGCUAUGCGGAUACUUUUGCUUUUGAAUUCAAUGUUCCUGAUGAAGAAGAAAUUCGUCAAGUACAAUUUGCUAUUGCCUUCCGUUGUGCUGGACAAGAAUUUUGGGACAACAAUCACAACCGCAAUUAUUGCCUGCAGUGUAUUCCUAUUCAAGACGGCCAUUUAUUCAACAAUUUAGUGCACAAUGCGUAA